AUGGUCCUCUCGCUACGAGAGCAGCCACCAAAGAAGUCCAAACUUUCACUCUUCCGUCUUGGCAAGUCUCCUGGCAAACCCACGAGCUCAUCAUCUGCUUCAGAACGAGACCAUAGAGCAUAUGCAUCCAACACAUACCCAAGGUCAGCAGAACAGUCAACACCUCGCAACGCACCUACCUCACCAAACAACCCUCGAAUCCUGCCCAAUACCCGUCAAGCAGCCAGUCAAGCUGGUUCAGCUGUCGGUGCUGUUCAUUACCACUACCCCGAGUCGUCCAUCUCUAACGCCAUGCAGCAGUCUUCAGACCUAGACGAGCAACAACAAUCCCGCCCAACACGCCCAGACUCCCUCCCACUUCAAGUCUUUGUCCACCCUGCAGAUGCAGCCUCAACAGAACACAAGUUCGUCGGCGCUAACUGGCCAGCUCUAGCCAAAAUCCAGACCGACCUCAUCCUACCUUCUGCCUCAGGCAAGCACUAUCGCACACGCUCCCACUUCUCUAUACCCGACGUCAUUGUCACCACUUGCGAAGAAGAGGGCCAGGAACAGCUUGUCCAGAUCUCCAUCCCAGCUCACAAGCGUCGCAGCUAUGUCCUGCGCGAAGGAAGCAACGCUGACCACCCUAGGUCGAACAAGAAGAGUAGUACUGCCGGCUUUGCGUCCAAAGGUAGGCCUGCCCCAUUGAUCCAGUUUGAUGCCGACCAGAUCGAGGGAAUGAGCCGCAGUGGUAGCCUGCCGAGUCUUGGCAGCUCGCCCAUCUCACCGAUAAGUACGACGGCAACUUCUCUCACUUCGCCUUCCUCGUCGGCUAGUUCGAGUCUCUCCAAGGGUUCGACGAUGGCUAAGAGGAGUAGAAAGUCGUCCUUUCCGAUGCUCUUUGCGAGGAAGAGCUUGGACUCGGCCCGGGCGAACGUCGAACAGCAGCAGGUAUACGUGGAAGAGCCUCCACCUUUCACGCUCACCACUUCGGCAUCGCAACAUGAUGGCUUGCUUUUCUCAAGUCAUCAUGGCGGGUCAGUCAGCGCGCCACCCUCCCGAAGCAUCUUUGGAAGGACGACCAGCCUUUCUUCUCCACCUGUCACGCCGACCUCCACUUCGAGGUUCUUGACCAAGAAAGAGAUCAAGGCAAAAGCAAAGGAGGAGCUCGCGCUUAUCAAGGAGCUGGAACGCGUCGACAAGCUCGUCAAGCAACACGAUCUCAAGGCCCGAAAGACGCAGGAGAAAGCUGAGGCCAAAGAGAGGAAGCGAGCUGCCAAGCUAGCCCAGAUCAACCAUGAGUUCCGCGAACAAGGUGCAGCCAGACCUUCGGUUGACACAACAAGCAGCGCAAAGACUUCGCGGAAGACCAUCUUCCAAGCUUCCACUCGAGCUGCACCUUUUACCGUGUUGGCCAGAAGGACAAGUGUACGAGGUACACCGAUGCCAGAGGUCCGCACAUUCGUUGUCGAACGACGCGGAUCAGAGCCAAUCCUGUUCAACGCCUCAGAAUCUAGGGCAAACGUGACGACGCCCUUCAGCAUCGAUCUUCCAGCGAGCGAGAGGUUGCCCUUCUCCCAGCCAAGGGCUGCGCCUCUUCCCAAGAUCUUCUCGACUCCUCAGCCGUUUGCUCAAGCUGCCAUCCAGUCGUCAGCCCCGGAACGAACCUCGACAACAAAGUCUAGUGGCUCUUCCCCACCGCGACCUUCCCGACCCACUCCUGCUCCCCCGGCACAAUCCAGCAUUGCUCCGCUCAGCCUGGUCAAGGACGCUCAGGUUGACACUGUUGAGGCGGAGACCAGCAUUAGCAAAGAUCCUGACGAGACCCAGAACUGGAGUCGCCAGAGCUGGUCUGAGCUCAACGCCGGGUUCAGCAGCGGUCUCCUGCCCAGCCUUAUUUACCCUACUGUAAGCACAUCUACCAUCGACGAAGAUAGUGAAGAGAGGGCCGUACGAAACGCGAGACGAGCAAGUGUACAACGCGUCCUUGCGCUGUCUGAUGCCAAUGGAGCCGCUCUCCAGAAGCGUGUGUCACUUCGCAAGCGAGGCUCGCAGCAGUACAUGUUCAAACGUCGAUCAUCACAUAUGCAAGGCGGGGCCGAUGCAAGGAGUGAUGGUAUGCGCUCAUCUGCUGCCUUGCUGCACCGACGUACCUUGAUUAGAAGGGUGGGUCAAGAGGAGGGAUGGAAAGUCAUAGAUGGUGAAGAAGAGUGUCGGGCUGAUGAAAGUGUGAUUGCUCAACCUGAUCUUUCUGCCACCAAAUGGGAUUGGGUGGAGCAAGAGGAAGAGCCCCGCUUGAAGCGUGGAACGAUCAUGAGGGGUGAGAGGAUGGAAGUGGAAGUGGACCUUGUUCUGGCUGAUUUGCGUGCAGCGCAGCAUGCAGAUCAGGCUCGAAAGCACGUAAAAGAGGGGAGUGGAGAACGAACACCCACACAGGAGACUGUCAUCGAUCCCUUUACCACUACGCGCAGGAUUUCACCUCCCCGACCCAACAGAUCUGGUAGAAAAGAGGCGGGGCAGGACGAUGGAACAGGUCAUUCAUCCAGUAUCUCGUCCAACGACAGCUUCAGCUCACAAUCGAGUGGGACAGGGACCGCGGCUACCAUGGUGAACGAUGCCGCGGGCAAGGGUGCAGAUGAGGGAAUGGUUUGCUUCAGUCGACCUUUCUCGCCCGAGCACCAAAUUGGACGUUUCUCCAUUGAUGAGGAUAAGGAGAAUAAUGCUGGCAUGAAGGAGAGUGCUAAGGGGAGCAAGGAUUCGCAGUUCAGAUUGUCGUUGUCGUUGGCCCCGCUGCAGCCGUUGGACUUGUUUUCGCAGACUUAG